AUGAAUGUGCUAAAUGAUGAGUUGCGGAAUGAGAUUUCCACCAAUUUAAAUAUGAACACCAACUCUCCGUAUGCCUCACCGACUGUCCGCAUUAUACACUCAGGACAUGCCUGUAAUGUUGAGGAGGAGAGACACACGGAGAGAGUCUACACCAUCAGAGAGGGAGAAACCCUGGAGCUCACCUGUCUGGUGACAGGACAUCCUCGACCACAGAUUCGAUGGACCAAGACAGCCGGCAGUGUGUCGGACCGCUUCCAGGACUCCAGCGUGUUCAACGAGACGUUGCACAUUGCAAAGAUCCAGAGGACCCAGGGAGGUCGCUACUACUGCAAGGCUGAGAACGGCCUUGGAUCCCCUGCCAUUAAGUCCAUCAGAGUGGACGUCUACUACCUUGAUGACCCAGUGGUAACCGUGCAUCAGAGUAUAGGAGAAGCUAAGGAACAGUUCUACUAUGAGAGGACUGUGUUUCUGCGCUGUGUGGCCAAUUCCAACCCACCCGUCCGCUACAGCUGGCAUCGUGGCAGAGAGGUCCUGACGCAGGGCUCCGACAAGGGAGUGGAGAUCUAUGAGCCGUUUUUCACUCAGGGGGAAACGAAGAUUUUGAAGCUGAAGAACCUGCGCCCUCAAGACUACGCCAACUAUAGCUGCAUCGCCUCCGUCAGAAAUGUGUGUGGGAUCCCUGACCGCAGUGUUAUCUUCAGACUUACAAAUAAGACAGCCUCCCCGUCCAUCAAGCUGCUGGUGGAGGAUCCAAUCGUGGUGAAUCCGGGCCAGACGGUAUCCUUGGUGUGCAUCACCACAGGAGGCGAGCCACCCCCCACUCUCACCUGGGUCAGCAGCAAUGACAGCCUGCCGCAAAGGAGCGUGGUGAAGGGGGGCACGCUCACACUUCCAGCCAUCAGCUCAGAUGAGGCGGGGGUAUACAGCUGCGUGGCCAGCAACAACGUGGGAAACCCGGCCAAGAAGUCCACCACCAUUGUGGUGCGAGCUUUAAAAAAGGGCCGAUUCUGGAUCACUCCUGACCCCUACCACAAUGACGACAACAUCCAGAUUGGACGUGAAGUCAAGAUAUCUUGCCAGGUGGAGGCGACCCCACCAGAGGAGCUGACUUUUAGCUGGCUGAAGAAUGGCCGUGCCCUGCGGAGCUCAGAGCGUAUGGUCAUCACCCAAACGGACCCGGACAUCUCCCCAGGGACCACCAACCUGGACAUCAUAGACCUCAAGUUCACCGACUUUGGCACAUACACCUGCGUGGCUGCACUAAAGGGAGGAGGCAUCCCUGAGAUCAGCAUUGACGUCAACAUCUCUUCCACAACUGUUCCCCCCAACCUGACAGUCCCCCGGGGCAAGUCCCCUCUGGUGGCCCGCGAGGGUGACACAGUGGAGCUGGAGUGCCUUGUUUCAGGGAAGCCCAAGCCCAUCAUCCUGUGGUCACGAGCAGAUAAAGAGGCACCCAUGCCGGACGGCAGCAUGCAGAUGGAGAGCUACGACGGUGUGCUGCGUAUUGUUAAUGUGUCCAGGGAGAUGACGGGCUCAUACCGCUGCCAGACCAGCCAGUUUAAUGGCUUCAACGUAAAACCCCGCGAGGCCGUGGUGGAGCUGAUUGUACAAUAUCCUCCAACAGUGGAGCCGGUUUACAUGGAGAUGCGUCAGGGCCUGGGAAGGCCUGUGGUGAUGACCUGCAGGGUGCUGCGAGCCCACCCUUCCCGUGUUCUGCGAUUCGAGUGGCUUCUAUCAAACCGGCUGCUCCACGCCGGAGCCUUUGACGCACAAAGAGAUGAGACGGAGUACACCAUCCGCAGCUUGAAUCGAGACGGAUGGGGGGAGUACACUUGUAAUGUCAUCAAUGAGGCCGGAGCAGGCAAAUGCACCUUCCAGGUCACAGGCAAGGCCUACCCACCAGAGUUCUACUAUGAUACCUACAGCCCUCUGUGGCAGAACAGGCCCAGACUCUACAGCUUCAAGCUCCAAUGGACCCAGAUGAACCCCAACGCUGUGGACCGCAUUGUCGCCUACAGACUAGGCAUCAGACAGAUGGGGUUAGAGCGCUGGUGGGAGCAGGAGAUCCCUGUGGAUGGAACAAUCAACAAAGGAGAGCUCAUGACACACAACCUGACGCAGCUCAUAAAGCCUGAAUCCUAUGAGGUGCGCCUCACCCCAAUCACACGUUUUGGAGAGGGUGACUCCACCAUCCGGAUUGUCACAUACAGCGCUCCCAUCAACCCUCACCUGAGAGAGUUCCACUGCAGCUUUGAGGAGGAGCCUAUCUGCAUGUUCACCCAGGAUAAGAAUGAUGAUUUUGAUUGGACACGGCACAGUGCUGCUACCCGCGAUACAAAGUAUACACCCAACACCGGGCCCAGUGGUGACCGCAGUGGAUCCAAGCAGGGUUUCUACAUGUACAUUGAGACAUCAAGACCACGAAAGGAAGGGGACCAAGCACGGCUUGUAAGUCCGUUUUUCAACGUAGCGCCUAAAAACCCUUACGGUAUCACCAACCCACCUGCCUACUGCUUCGGCUUCUUCUACCACAUGUAUGGAAAACACAUAGGAUCACUAAACGCCUUCCUCAAGCAGAAGGGCCAAACGACCUCCGAGGGCCCCGUGUGGUCGCUAAGUGGUAACCAAGGUGACCGCUGGAAGCAGGCCAAAGUAAGCAUCCAUCCAACGGCGUCCUUCCAGGUGGUGCUCGAAGGUAUCCGGGGACCAGGCAUCGAGGGAGACAUCGCCAUUGAUGAUGUCAUGCUAGAGGAAGGGGAGUGUCGAGACCCACCACCCAAUCUCAGCAAGGCUCCUUCCACAUCCUCCCAUAUAUGGCUGCUAUGCGUCACCUUGGUGAUGACCCUCCUGGAAGGUCAGAGGUGACCCUUCUCGCUGUCAUCUCAGAGGCGAAUAUUCAGACCCACCGUCUGUGAACUAUACCCUCGGCAUCCAAUCACCAAAGAUUCAUGCAUCCUGAAAGCAGCAGGGGACCCCUGACAGACAACGGAGGGACUGAAAUUCAUGAAAGAGAGAAAAAAUAGUGAUAAAAAAGUUACACAAAAAGUAAUAAAGAAGAUGCGCUAAUUUUUUAAAGAGACCUCUUUUACAGAAAACACCCCUCGGUGCAGGACUCGGGACAUCUUUACGAGCACAAAGACAGGUGGGCGAUGAAUAAGCCUGGACUUUGGCGAAAGAGUUCACAAGCGUCGAGGGAGGACAGUUUGUAAAGCACAAGAACAAUUUUAUGAAGUUAUGAAAAUAUCUUUGAAAGGCGGCAGAAUAUAGACACUGCUGACUUUUUGAAGAAGAAAUAACAUUUCCCUGCUUACAAAUACAUGGAAUCAGACCUUUCUCUGUGUAUCUUAAUCUUCAUCUUCUUGCACCAGAUGCCAAUCACCGACACUUGUUUUUCACUCUAGCCCAGCUUCACAUCACAUCUUGGCAUUUCUUUAUCUGCUUGGUGCUGUACUGUAGAAAAACAAGGACUUUGGCAACAUUUAGUUCUGUCUGCUUACUCCCCUGUAGCUGCCUAUGUAUCUUUUUAACACUGUGCUCACGAGUCCAAGUGGCCAACCGACGGUAUGGUGGCAGGAAAAAAAAUGCAGAAGAAUCAGCGGAGGUGUAGACAGCUGGACUGGAGGGCAGAAAGAAGUUGGAGCUUUGGAGCUGAAAUGAGAGGGAGAGGUGGAAAGAGAGCAGAGAGGAGGUAUGUUGAGGGGAGGAAGAGUUGAGGGAGAGGAGGAACAGGCAGAGAGUAGAGGAGGGUCCGAUAAGUGAGGCCUGACUCGAAUAUUCAGUCAGCGGUCCACCUGUGGAACAGAAGCCACUUUACUUUCUGCCAUGAAACAAAGUGCCUUCAGAUUACAAACCGAAUCGUGAGCCUGGGUGUUAAUCAACAUCGGACACAUCUCUGUUCAUGUUUCCUCUGAUGGGCUAUUUUCUACAUGUUUCUUUUGCCCCACAAGUGCUGAUGGGAGGGCAUGUGUGUUCAGAGGGAGUAUAGGAUUGUGCCCGGAUUCAACUCCUGAUGGGACAGUUGUCUGUGUGUGUGUGUGUGUGUGUGUGUGUGUGUAUGCAAGUGCGUGUGUUUGUGUGUGUGCAUGCGCCUAAGCCUAUGCCUAUGCCUACGCGUAGUUCAAUGUGAGGGCAGCAGACCAGGCUGUGCUGGCAGACCAGGUUGGCAAACAAUUUGGAUAAAAACAGCAGCAACAGUGAAAGUGAGGCUCUGGAUCUUUUUUUUUUGUGCAGAAAGACAGUUUAAGAUCAUACGGAAGGAUAAAGACAUUUCGUCGAAUGAAUACCCCACUCUCUCUUCCCAUGAUUCUCCUUCCCUGCGGGCGAGCAUUUUUUAACAAAAGAAAAGAACAACUGCUGAAUAAAACACUGCGUUGUACAGGGAGGAGAGCAGGAACUUUGGGACUGCAGGCUCUUCAUUAGGGUGAUACGCCUCGCCCCUAUCCUCCAACAUUUAUAUGGAACAAUGAGAAUAAAAGAUAAUAAUGACCAUAAUAAUAGUCAUGAUAUUUUAUUACUCUAGCGAGAAUGUUUCUCUGCUUUUACACAAACUGUGAAGAUUGACUGUGGAAGAUCUACCUGAGACCAUAACCUUAACCAGCGGGGUUUUUAAAAAAUGUAUUGUAAAAAAGAGAAAAUAAGAAAAUGAAAAAUUCCGUUCAUUGUUGGUUAUGACAAAUGUUUUGAGGACUUGUGUCUUGUUUCUUAUUUUUUCUGUUGAAGAUGACUUAACUUCCUUUCUCUUCUUGUUGUCUCCCUUUGCAUUGCUUAAGUAUCAAAGCUGAUGGAAGCAUAAGAAGUAAACCAAUUUGGUAACUGUAUAACUUGUAAAUGUUAAAGAAGCUCUAUUCAAAGGUUUAUGAUAAAUGUUUUAUGUUGGAGUACAGGAAGCACAACAUACAGUUUAAGGUCUCAACAUAUAAAAUCCAUUUUAUAUUUCUCUGCACAUACGUGACCUACUCCCACAGGCUUUUCAACACUCUGAAACAAGUCCACGUUUAACAGCAAAUUGAUCAUUUUUUACUUGUGACAUUCAUAUUUAUAGGGCAACCAGAACACGAGAGAAAGCAAAGGAAACCCAGUCAGGAGUAUAAAUAAAACCUUAAUGAAUGCAGACUGGGUAAAGGUUCAGUUUGGUGUUGUGGUUGUUCAGCAUAUGUAGCCUCUUCAGUGGAAGCCUGGGUGGUCUGAGUGGGUUAUGUACAUGUGUAAACAUGAAGCUGUGUACAAUAGGUGUGAUAAGAAACUGAUACAUUUAUAGAUGAUAAAUAUGCUAAACAAAACAGAGCAGAAUGAUGAGCAUUUCAGGGCAUCCUUACAAUAUCAUUAUGGUCUGUAUGAUGUUAUAGACACAUAAUCACAGCUAUUAUCUGCUAUCCAUUUCUGUAGAUUUUUUUUUCUCCUUUCAUUUGUGUGUUUUUAUUACCAUAAGGCCCAGAUCACAAUGAAUGUAAAUGGAGUUCUGGGAGGAGUUCUUUUCUUACAGUCUUACUAGAUGUAAUGUUUUACUAAAACAUGUGUUUUUUGUGUGCUUUUGAUGAUGAGAACUUUCAGACUUUCAUAGGUUGUUUUGGACACAUCAAGAACAUGACGUUCGCCUGACUUUGACACAGACUUUGACACAAUUUCCAAAAAUAUAAGCUCAGAUAAAAUAUCCAUUAGCUAGUCGCUAUAUCCUCCUGUGGUAUAGUAGGUAAUGAAAAGUGCCAAAGUGCCCCGUGUCAUCACUGUUACUAAGUAUGGAUAUGAGUUCCUUAAGAUAUUUUGGUAAUUGUUCCUUUUACACCCUGAGCACUUGGUCAGUUCAUAACAAGAAUACAAAAUCCUUAUGUAAUAGAGACCUGGAAGUACAUGAAUGAUUAAAAGUUACA